AUCUGAACAAAAGAGAAUGUACGAUGGUGUCUCGACGCCUCCGUAAUUGUCAAUAACUCGGCUUAACAAAAAAUUACGUAUAUUUCAACGAAAUAAAAUAGAAUAUUAUUUUACAUAAAUAUCAAAUAAAAGUUCGAGUUACCAUAUAUAUUGUGUAAUUAUUAUUUAACCAUUUUUUAAUACGAAAUUAAGUGAACUUAAUUCUCCAGUUGUCGGUUAUUCGUUUGUUGUCUUGGCUUUCAUACUGACAAACUGGGGUCUCGACAAAAAAAAGUGUUGUGAAGUUAUUCAUUUCCAAAAAUACCAUUUUUAAAUGACUUAGAAGUGUUCUCGGGACAUUUAAUGAUAGUGUUAAGAGAUAUAUUCUUAUUUUCCUAAUUAAUUGUUAAUGUAUUAUAAAUAGUAAUACUACAACUUUAAGUAAGCAUUUGGAGUAAGAAUAAGCUGUUAGAAAAAAAAAAAAAAGAAAAAAGAGUGAAAAAUUCCAAAUCUUUCAAUUAAUAUCUUGAAAUCAAUUAUCCGGCAUUAAUAGCAGCAUACGAAUGCAGCCUUGUAUUGUUAGCACGUAUUAAGAUCUAUAGCCACUUGAAAAUAUCUAGCGCGGUUUUAAGAAUCAGCUGACAGCACACAAUCAAUGAUUCUAUCGAUGUUCGACGAUAUUGUGGUGUAAUGGUGUUAGUGGUCAACCACAAAAUAUCGACACUAGGUGCGAGGAGGCUACGGAGUUGGAGACGCAUCAUCGACAAACAGCAACAACUACGAUGGGCGUCGCUGAAGAUGACACGCCGUCUUCGUUGACUUCUCAUCUCAAUGCCAAUCACAAUAACCUUAGCCAAGAAGGGGUGCUGGAGAUGGCCGCAACUGAGAGUACCAUUCGUUUUAGCGGCCAUACGUUGGAUAAAGCGACGAAGGCCAAGGUGACACUCGAGAACUACUACAGCAAUUUGAUAGCUCAGCAUAUUGAACGCAAGCAGAGGCUAGCAAAGUUGGAGGAAUCACUUAAAGACGAGGGCCUGUCAGAGCAGCAGAAACAGGAGAAAAGGCUUCAGCAUGCGCAAAAAGAAACUGAGUUCUUACGUUUAAAACGUUCUAGACUUGGUGUUGAAGACUUUGAGCCACUCAAGGUCAUCGGUCGUGGUGCCUUUGGCGAGGUGAGACUGGUCCAGAAAAAAGAUACUGGCCAUGUAUACGCCAUGAAGAUCCUGAGAAAAGCAGACAUGCUUGAAAAAGAACAAGUGGCUCAUGUUAGAGCUGAAAGAGAUGUUCUUGUCGAAGCUGAUCAUCAGUGGGUAGUAAAAAUGUACUACAGCUUUCAAGAUCCUAUCAAUUUAUAUCUCAUUAUGGAAUUUCUGCCAGGAGGCGACAUGAUGACGCUUCUAAUGAAGAAGGACACGCUUUCUGAAGAGUGCACCCAAUUUUACAUCUCAGAAACGGCUCUAGCAAUUGAUUCUAUACACAAGCUAGGUUUUAUACAUAGGGAUAUCAAACCUGACAACCUGUUGCUAGAUGCACGGGGCCACAUAAAGCUUUCAGAUUUUGGUCUAUGUACAGGACUUAAGAAGUCACACAGAACUGAUUUUUAUAGGGAUCUCAGUCAGGCAAAGCCUUCUGACUUCAUGACAUCAUGUGAAAGUGGGAGUGGUGGAGCAAUGGAUAGUAAACGGCGUGCUGAAAGCUGGAAAAGAAAUCGAAGAGCACUAGCUUACAGUACAGUUGGAACUCCUGAUUAUAUAGCCCCUGAAGUCUUCCUUCAAACUGGAUAUGGUCCAGCGUGUGACUGUUGGUCUCUUGGUGUGAUAAUGUAUGAGAUGUUGAUAGGUUAUCCUCCGUUCUGCAGUGAGAAUCCACAAGAAACAUAUAGGAAAGUAAUGAAUUGGAGAGAAACAUUGGUCUUUCCACCAGAAGUGCCGAUUAGCGAAGAGGCCAAAGAUACUAUUAUUAAAUUUUGCUGUGAGGCUGAUAGAAGAUUAGGAGCUCAAAGAGGCAUAGAAGAAUUGAAACUAGCGCCUUUUUUCCGUGGAGUUGACUGGGAACAUAUAAGAGAACGACCUGCAGCAAUACCAGUUGAAGUUCAAUCCAUAGAUGAUACGUCUAAUUUCGAUGAUUUCCCUGACGUUAAACUGGAAAUACCUUCUGCACCGCUAUCUCAAGACGGUGAGGUGAUAUAUAAAGACUGGGUCUUCAUAAAUUAUACGUUCAAACGUUUCGAAGGGCUUACACAACGUGGUACGCCAACAAAAAAAUAGCAACUCUACAAUUGUUUAAUAACUGGUAAUCAACAAAGCGAGACAAUUAAUAUUCCCGCCCAAGUACAUCAGCAACCAGCACUGUCAUCGAAUCUGCCACAUUCAGAUGAUUGAUCUUAUUCAUUAAUUGAAAGAUCUACGUGGCGAUCAGAGAAUAGAUUCAGUCAGUGUUUGAAUAGUCAAGGUGAAAGUUAAGAUGAAUCUUAACUAAUUGUAGAUGAUAUCUCUAGGCUGAAAAGUUACUUUUAAGCGAUACGAACGGUUUAUGCAGACGGCAAGCUCUCUUCCUAUUCUUCACUCUCUACACUCAUCAAUUAAAUGUUACUAUUAUAUAAAAUCAUUACAAUCAUGUUAAACAAAUGUGCUCGGAUUUAAAUCUUAUUAUGAAUUAAUGAAAAAAAUUUCAAUUUGGAGAAAAAAUUCUAAAGCUUUUGGUAGUUUUUAAUAAAUUUAUUAAAUCUUGAA